AUGAACGAGGUCCGCGGCGUGUUCGUCGACCGCACCGUCAUCCGCAUGGCGCGCCACGCGCGGGGCGAGAAUUUGUUUCAGUUCUGUCCGCGCUGUCACAAGUUGGUUAUGAGGGCUGGUGGGUGCAAUCAUAUGGAGUGCCCUUGCGGACAUGAUUUCUGCAUCAUCUGCGCAGGGGACUGGCCCGUGGGUGGUGCUGAGGCCACCCAGCCUCUUUGCCACCCCUUCUUCGGCGGCGAGGAGGAGCACACCUUGCGGAUCCCCCCGGAGGUCCAGGCCCGUCUGGACGAGGAGGAGAGUCAGCCGCCCGCCGCGUAUGUUGAUGAGACUGCCGAGGGUGUCCUCUGCCGCCACCAGUCCGACCUCCUUUACACGCUGAGGCUCCGUCGGGAGCUUAGCAAAGAGGAGCGGAGUCACGCAAGGGCGUUGUUCUGCCUUCACUGCCGGGAUGCGGUAUGGAGCGAACGGCCGCCCGGUGGGGCCGACUCGCCUCGGGAACUUGACACCAGCGAAGAGGAAUAA